UGAGGAAAAAGAGGAGAACGACGACGAUACGAAACUUGAGACCUCGUGUUUUGUCAGGUGAACCGGGGAAGACGAAGACAUUCAGAUCAUAAUGAAAAAAACACGCCUUUUGUUUUCUCCCGUAAUCUGUCAGGUCCUUCAUAAACUUUCCUACGAAAGAUCAUGAAGACGGAGGCCACACGGAAUUGUUCUGCAGGCCGCACGGAAUUGUUUGCGACUUUCGUGCACAUACUUAAUAUUUAUCGUUCACACCAGGACGACCGAAGCGAAGACCAACGGCUCCGAAUCAAAUGCAUUUUGCUAUAAAAUCUUCAGCGACUCCAUCAAGAUUAAUGGUCCACGUUUGCUUAUCGGCCGAAGCACUCCGCGCGUUGUAGCUCCUUGAACUCGAAGUUUGGGACUCGCAACUCCAUUCAUCUGUCAACUGCUAUCAGGGACGCACGGUCCAGAGCCAAAUCGCGAGUUCGCCAUGUCGGCUUCAAGCUCGAGGGUUGCUGCUGAAAUGGUUUGCAAUGGUGAUGCUCAAUCGGUUUCAAUUGGGGUAAACUAUCCUGAAAUCAUUGUCAUACGUCACGGAGAAACAGACUGGAAUGUUGAGGGAAGAUUUCAGGGAACUCUGGAUGUUGAAUUGAAUGAAAAUGGGAGGCAGCAAGCAACUGCUGUGGGUGAAAGGCUAUCCAAAGAAGGCAAAAUCUCUGCAAUUUACUCAUCUGAAUUAAAACGAGCUUUUGAGACGGCAAAUCUGAUUGCAACUGCUUGUGGUGGACUGGAGGUUAUUAAGGAUCCAGGUCUACGAGAAAGAAAUCUCGGGGAUCUUCAAGGCCUUCAGCCACAUGCGGCAGCUAGUGUCUGUCCUGAAGCCUAUAAAGCCCUUUUAUCGCAGAAGACAGAUCAAGAACUUCCGGGUGGUGGUGAAAGUAUUGCUCAGGUUUACCAGCGCUGCAUUACAUGUUUACGAAACAUCAGUGUGAAGCACAAAGGACAGCGAGUAGUAGCAGUCACUCAUGGUGGAGUACUCCAAACGCUUCAUGUGCAGGCUUGCCCAAAUAACCAACCUGUGAAGUUCUUGAAUACUUCCGUCAACAUUUUCCACUUAUCUGAUGGGGACAACUGGGUCUUUAAAUCCGGGGUUGAUAUUAGUCAUCUCAACCAAAUAGACUAUUUGAGAACUGGGUUUGGUGGAGAUAGAUCUUCUGGUUAGAUCAACUCUUUAUGCCAUUCUAGUAGCCCUAACCUAUAAUGAGCUACGAUAAGGCCUUGCUGAGGGGAUGAUUCACCCACUUGUCAUGUCUUAUAGGAUAGUUUCAUUCUUGGUCCUUACCUUAUGUAAUUUGUCCAAUUAAGUCCUUGAAUUCUCAUUUUGCGCUAUUGAAU